AUGAAGACAGUUUGGCCAAAAAAUGUAUGGAUUAUUCGAGGAAAUCACGAGUUUGCGUAUUUAUGCGGACAAUGUGGCUUCUUCAGCCAAAUAACAGAAGUUUACGGCGAUAUUAAUAUUUUUCGAGGUUUUUUGAAAUCUUUCUCGUAUAUACCAAUUGCGGCUUUAAUAGGUCAAACAACUCUAUGUAUUCAUGGUGGACUUAGUCCAUCGCUAUACUCGCUAGCCCAACUCAAAAAUAUACAGAAGCCUUUUGACGAUUUUGGCGACGAUGAUGUUAUAGACGGAAUUCUAUGGUCAGAUCCGAGCAAUGACUUGAGGGAAUUUAGCGAUUCUCCGAGAGGCACCGGGUUCCUUUUUGGACCAAACGCAACAGAUGAUUUUAUGAAAAGCAAUAAAUUGAAAUAUCUCGUACGUGGCCAUGAGUGCGUUCCUGAUGGCUAUCUAGUCCACUUCGGAUCAGUAAUUACGGUAUUUGGAGCUUCAAAUUAUUGCGGAAUGGUUAAUAACUACUCAGCUAUACUCAAUUUUAAAUCAGACGGAGUUUACGAGCCAAGGAGAUUCCCUGCAUUAGAUUAUUUACUUCGAAAUUAUACUAUGUUCGUAAAAGAAAAGAAUUAUAUCAGCCAUGAACCGGCUUCAGCUCGUAAUUUCGAUCCAAAGCCUAAGGAGCAGCUACCUAAACUCAAAGGAAAGACUCCUCGUGUUUCAGUUCGUCACCAUCAAAAAUUCCAAAUUACGCCUAUGAAAAAGAAGGCUUGA